AUGACAGUUACAAUUGGAAAAGAAAAAGUUUCUUUAGUGCAUUCUUCCGGUUCUUCAGCCGAAGCUAAUCUUCCACAACAUGGCAUUGCUCGUAUUUCUACAUGGAAAUGGUCAGGAACCGAUGCAGAUAAUGAGGAAGAAGUAACCGUUAGAUUUAAACUCACGGAUUCUGAAGUUCCAGAAAAUCUUCACAAAGAAUGGCCAAAGAAAUUUGAAAUUAUAUUUAUCGUAACACUAACCGCCAAUACUUUAAAAAACACAUUUCAAGUUACAAAUAAUGGUACUGAACCAUUCGAUUUUAAUGCUCUUUUACAUACUUAUUACUCUGUCCCGGAUAUUUCCAAGGUUUCGAUCAAAGGGUUAAACGACAUAACUUAUAUUGAUAAAGUUGAGAAUUUCGCACGUGUUCUGGAUGUUAAAGAUUCAAUUACGAUCGAUCGAGAAACAGAUCGCAUUUACGAAAAUGUUCCUCGAGAUGAAUUUCUUAUCGAUUUGGGUCAGCCUGGCGGCGCGGGAAAUUUCACCCUAAAAAAGAUCAAUUUGAAAGAUACAGUUGUUUGGAAUCCAUGGAUUGAUAAAGCUCGCUCAAUGUCGGAUUUUGGUGAUGAAGAAUACAAAAAUAUGGUUUGUGUUGAGCCUGGAACAGUCACGGAAUACAUUAGAUUGGAGGCUGGUAAAAGUAGUGAAUGUGGUCAAAUCCUGAAAGUUCAACUAUGA